AUGUCCCAUUCGCGCCUCGUCACGCUCUCCGCAAGACGGUCUCUGAUCUGGGAAUCGUCUGUGGCUUGCCAGUCACAUUGUGUCAUCCAAUCUAUCCAUCGCAAUGGUGCACCGGAGCUAUCAAGACAACCAAGUUGGCGUGCGAAAGCACCUAGUAUUGGCCUCUCGAGACGGAGCUAUGCUACUCAGCGGCUCGACGUAAAGCGACUGCGUGCCCAAGUCGACAUGCGCGCCCGAGUCGGCUUCUAUACCUUGAGUAACAGCCAAGGCGCUCUCAAGAUGGAUGCAAACAAAGCCAACAGCAUCGUGUCGGAUUUUCUUCAUCAGAAAAGUAACAUGGAUCAUGGCAGCAAUAUCCAGCGGUUAGCAAAGAAGUAUCACGUGGACUUGGAUGAUCUGACCUCUCUUGCCAUUGCCACCUUUAAGAUCCCAGACCUUAGCGAUCCUGAGAAGAAAGCUAUGCUUCCUCCAAGCCAACACAAAGCUAUCUCUGGUCUACUUCUGCAAGGUUGUGCCCAGGCUGGAGACCCUCUCGCAAUUGUACACAUCUUGACAGCGGUCUACUCGAGUAGCUCGAGCCCAGACCCGGCUGCCUGGGAAAUUGCACUUCUUUUUCCGCAAACCGAGAUUGUCAAAUACCGGAAAACCUUGGAGAAUCUUGGCUCUGAGGCCAAAUCGAUAGCGUUAGGCCCCGACGUCUUGACCCUGCAAGGGCUAUUUCUGGAAAGAGACGGCCAGAUUCAGAAAGCGAGAGACUUCUACGAAGAGGCUAUCCUACGCUCUCAUCUCAAGUUUGAGCCUGGCUCAAGGCACCCAAUGCAAUUACCUCUUAUCGAUCCCUGGAAUGCGCUCGGUUUCCUCCUCAAAACAGACAAGGAUCCUAGCAUCCAAGCACAAGCGAAACGCUACUUUGAGAAAGGUGCACUCGAGGGCGAUGAUCCACUAUCGUACUAUGAGCUUGCGGCCUUUGAGCCCAAAACAAGCACGAAAUGGCUACAAUACACAAGCAAAGCUGCUGCCUCAGGCCAUAUACAGGCGAUGGUCGACCUCGCAGACUUCUACCAGGAAGUGAAUUCAAAGCAAUCGCCCAUACUCGCAGACAACAAUAUGCGAAAGGCGCUCAACUGGCUGCUAGGCUGGAAACGUGGUGGUGCGGCAAUGUUAGCUCGAGAGUGGCUCCAAGCUUCUGCGAAUUCUGGCCACAAGCCUUCCAUGCUAAAGCUAGUGGAGUAUUAUGAAGCUGGAGGAGAGCAUGAGAGGGCUAAAGAGCAAUUGAGACAGGUCUUAGAACCUCCGAGCUCGACCAAUCAAGUUGAAGAGUGGCCGCAGCUUGUGCAAUUGGCGAAGAAGCGACUUGCUGGAGUUAGACCGUAG